CGCGUGAUAGAUAAACGAAUGUGCAAAAAGGCUUUCGGUUUAAAUAUAUACUGCCGUUUUUCGAAAAUAGGUGGGCGGUUUUGACUAGCGUCACAUAAUUACCGACCGAUGGCAAUGGAAAACCCAACACAGUCGGAAAUCCAGUAUAUUGCGUAAUAAGCUUGUUCGAGCACAUUCUAUGAUUGUAUUUAAGCGAUACAAAAUAUAUCGAACCUUUCAGAAACAGGCGUUCUUCAAAUAUUUGGGUUUCUUUCAUUAUUGUAACUGACUUUCACAAGAGCUCAGACGUUAUCUUGAAACAAUGGCAAGACCAAAACCUCGACCUUGUCCACACGGGUGCAGCAAUCGUUUGUUCUGUAGCAACAAGGCUCGUCGUCGUCAUGUUCACAAACACCACGGCCCAGUUCCAGACUUCUGUAACGAGUGCAAGGAACCGUUCCUUUCAGAAACAGCGCUUCAACACCACAACAGAGACAAGCAUGAUAAUCCGCUUCCGCUGAUUCAGAGAAUAUCGACUCUCUCCUUGACUAACCCAGCUUUCGGCAUCAGCAGCACCUUUUCUACUGGUUUUGGUGGCGGAUUUUCUAACGGUUUUGGUGGCGGGUUGGCUCGCGGUUUUGCUGGUGCCAGUGCAUUGAGUGUUGGUUCAACGAGCUCUGGUCUUCGCACAGUAUCGUCAAUUCCUUGCGAUCUAUAUUGUCAGACGAACCUAGAUAACUAUAUAGAGACCACGAUACAACCCGACACUACAUUCCUUGUGAAUGAAAAUGCAGCAGUGGAUUCAUUAGUACAUAUGCUCCAACACAAUGUUCCCGAUGAAAUACGACCAGCGCGUGUAAUAAAGGGUGGAAGCCUGGGCAAGGGUACGGCAGUGAAAGGGAAGUCCGACAUUGACCUUACAAUGAUGAUGUCCUGGGAGAGAUAUCCUAAUGUGGCUGCUUUAAAGGCAAACAUGAAAAUGGUUCUGCCUACACUUGAGAACACACUGAGGCGUAUGCCGAAUAUCCGUGUUGACGGAUCAACAACACAUGCUGUUCAGGUGACAAUGACAGACUGCUCAGGGAAGGAGCACGCCAUCGACAUACUGCCUGCUGUGGAUCUCACCCAAUACGAAUCAAAUGAAACAAUCUUUCGGCGCAUGCUUGGACCCGACUCCUCGAUCAAGGCCUUCUAUUCUGCCAGUCUGGCCCCACUGCAAGUGGAUUUGGUCAGGGGUCUCCCAACCAAGGUCAAGUCACUGAUUCGACUAAUCAAGUUUUGGAACAAAGACAAGGUUAAGCCAAUUUUAGAAGAUCGCUGCCCCACCUCGUAUGUCUAUGAAAUUAUCAUCAUGGAUGCCUGGGUGAACGCGGGGCGCCCGCAUGCGUUCGAUAUGAAAAAAGCUGCACACGCUGUUCUGACCAAACUACGUAAUCACCGAUCCCUGGAAAUCUGCACUCCGGGCAUUUCCAAAUACCAGCGAUGUGACGCUGAUAUUAGACACAGCACGUACAUCAUGGAUCCAUGCAACCCGACAAAUGACAUCUACAACAACAGAUCGUUUGACUGGGCUGGCGUCGCGGAAGAGGCAAAGAAAUGGCUCGAUAAACAGGUGUUCGAUGGCGUAAAGAACUUCGCUGCAUCGUGGUAUUAGGUGCAAAGAGCCGGUCUUGAUUGUUUGAAAAACAAUCACGCAGUUUUGUUAUUAAUGUUUGCUUUUGCUUCAUAAAAAUGUCAUCUAUAUUUGUUAAAAUGAAGGGCCUUGAAUGGUCAAUGUCAGUUGUAUAUUGCUUGCAACAAUUUUCUGAUUUGUAACUGUAUUUAUAACACUUAUAUGUUUGUUCUUUUAUAAUGUACUUUUGUGUUAUCAUUUAAUUUUUUACUUCUGACAAUUGAAACAGUAUUCUAAUAUCAGUAAUAAUAGUAGCUUAAUAUCAAAAUGUAUUCAUCCGCACAUGUUACAAAAUACCUAUGUAUUUCAUAUAAUCAUUCAAUGUAUUUUCGAACAUUUUCCUAAAACGUCUUGUACUUACAUAUAUUCUUUUUGUGUUUUAUAAUAUCCGCGUACAUGCAGCAUGCAUAUCUUUUAACAUAACGUUAUGCAUAGUUCUAUAUAAUUGUCUAUUCUUGUAAGAUAAUGUUUUAUCGCUGUUCAUGUGCUUUUAUUUUUGUGUGUUUUGAUGACUAUGUUGUACGGUUAAAUACAACAGUAACACAAUUCAUAAA